CAGAAAGGUACCUCAAUCCCUCCCUCUUAGAAACAGCCCUACGUUUAGAGCUUAUUCAUUGCAUUUCUUUAGCAUGAAGCAGCUAAGCAAUUUUGAUAUUUCACUCUUCCUCACUUUAAUGCACGUAUGUCUGGCUCAAGCAGACUAUGCCCCUUAUUUUUUCAAUAAUGGACCCACUAGUAAGAAUGGGAAUAUGGCAUUAUUCAGCCUUUCAGAAGACACAGAAAUUGGCAUGCAAGUGUAUGUUCUAAAUGGAACUGAUCCAGAAGGGGAUCCAGUGACUUUUGGCAUAGCCUUUGAACCAGGGUUCAAAAAUUACUUUAAAGUGGAUUCUCAAACUGGAAUUGUAACUUUAAUAGAAGAACUCGACAGAGAAGAGCUGGAUGAAGUGGAGGCUCUCAUCAGUAUUUCAGAUGGUCAGAAUAAGGUGGUUGAAAAAGUAAGAAUAUUAGUGACAGAUGCCAAUGAUGAAAGACCAGAGUUUGGCAACAUGCCCUUUAUUGUCAAUGUCCCUGAGGAUACACCGUCAGGAAGAAGUAUAUUUCAAACUCAGGCAGUGGAUCGAGACAAUGGUUCUGGAGGAAGUGUCACAUAUUAUCUACAGAAUACCCAUAAUACCAAAUUUGCCAUUGACAGACACAGUGGAGUGCUUCGCAUUAAACCAGGAGCAGCACUAGAUUAUGAAAAAUCAAGAAUGCAUUUUGUUACAGUAGUAGCCAAGGAUGGUGGUGGAAAAUUCAAGGGAAAACAUCAGGUGCUGUCUUCUUCAGCUACUGUAACAAUCAAUGUGGUAGAUGUUCAGGACACUCCACCUUCCUUUGUAGGCUUGCCUUAUUAUGGAUAUGUAUACGAGGACACAUUAUCAGGAUCGGAAGUCUUUACAGUAGUAGCCAAUGAUGGAGACAGUGGAAACCCUAAUGCUAUCCAUUAUUCCAUCGUCAGUGGAAGUGAUGGUUCAUUCAUUAUAAAUAACACAAGUGGAUCAAUAAUGGUUCUUGAUUAUCCAAUCCAUCUUAAGAAGGUGUUGUAUGAACUUAAAAUUCAGGCUUCAGAAAUAAGCCCAGAAGGCGAUGUGGUUGCGCAUGCAUUUUCAACCGUAACCAUUCGAGUUGUGGACUUGAACAACCACCCCCCAACAUUCUAUGGAGAAAAUGGCCCUCAGAGCAAGUUUGAACUUACCAUGUAUGAACAUCCACCUGAGGGAGAGAUACUGAGGGGGUUAAAAAUAACCGUCAAUGACUCUGAUCAGGGAGCCAAUGCUAAAUUCAGCCUCAGGCUGGUGGGUCCAUGGGGCAUCUUCAGAGUUGUCCCACAAACAAUAUUGAAUGAAGCACAAGUCACAAUAAUAGUGGAAAAUUCUGAAGCUAUAGACUAUGAAAAGUACCAGUCUUUGUCCUUCAAGCUUCUUGCUAUUGAAAUAGAUACUCCUGAAAAAUUCAGUUCGACUGCUGAUAUUGUUAUCCAUCUGCUGGACAAAAAUGACAACAUUCCCCGGUUCUCUACUGACUAUUACAUCGCCAGAAUUCCUGAAAACUCUCCUGGUGGCUCCAAUGUGGUUUCUGUAACAGCUACAGAUCCGGAUUCUGGGCUGUGGGGAGAGGUCAAAUAUUCCAUCUAUGGUUCUGGAUCAGAUCUGUUUCUUAUUCACUCAUCAACAGGAAUCAUCUAUUCACAGCCAUGGGCAACACUAGAUGCAGAGCUGAAAUCUAAGUACAAUUUUUAUGUGAAGGCAGAAGAUACAGAAGGGAAAUAUAGCUUGGCUGAGGUCUUUGUAACAGUUCUGGACAUGAAUGACCACUCCCCUGAGUUUAACGAAAACAUCCUUGAGAAGACUAUGAUUAUCGGGGCACCAGUGCAAAUAGAGGCAAUAGAUGACGAUGCAGAGGAGCCUAACAACGUUGUUCAAUAUUCUAUAAUGCAAUCAGAUCCAGAUAAUAUUUUUGACAUAAACAUAGACACCGGAGAGAUCAAGCUGAAAUCUUACAUCAAGUCAAUGGACAUCGUUCAGAACAUUACAAAGCAAAAGGAUUGCAAGUGGUCGGUGGUGGUCCAGGCUAAAGACAGAGGCUCACCAUCCUUCAGCACCACUGCUGUGGUGAAGAUUGACAUCACAGAGGCGACUCAGCUCAAGGGGCCUAUGGCAGCCUUUUUAUUUCAAAGUAGGGAUAAUCCCAUGAAAGCCCUAGGCGUGCUCGCUGGCAUCAUUUGCGUUAUGGUACUCAUAACAGUCUUGAUCUCCACUGCAAUAUUCAUGCGCAACAAAAAAAACAACAGGAUCAUACCUGCCCGGCACAUCAUUAAAAAGAGGCCCAAAGACUAUCGCUCAAGGACAGUCAGGACUGGGUGGUUAAAAUUCAAAAGCUACAACAGCCCUUCCGAGAAGUUUGUUGCUGAGGAUCCGGAGCAGAACAGGGAGAAUCUGAACUGCAACAACAACAUGCAGCUGCCCUCGCCACUCCCAUGUGCCCCUGCCUUGCCCCCACCGCCCCUGUAUCUGCCCAAACAAAACAAGCUAGAGUGGAGUGUGCCUACAGUGUCAGGGUCUGUGGCAUCCAAAUCCAAGAGGCAGUCACGUGAAAACCAUGGCCCCAGUGUGAGCUCUGCGCUGGUGUCUGAGCUCAAGAUGAAGCUGGAGAAAAAGAUGAUGGAGAGCAACAGUUCUCGCUAUUAAUCAUAAUCAUGUGUUUCUUUAAAAUGUUGCACAUGGUGCCCUUCGUGUGAGUCAGUGUGCAAGUCAAAUGCUUCCUUGAAAGGAACUAAAAUACAAAAGAACUUAUCAUAAUAUAUUUCGUAUUUUGUAUUUAUUUAUUUCAAGGGAGCUGGCUCUAUUUCCUUAUAAGAUUAACAGCCUUCUUGGAACUGUCUCCAGGGAGAAUGGUGUUGACUGAUGAGUUUGCUUAACUUUCCAAAGAGGAAACUAUUGUUUGUUUUUUUAGUACAGUUUAUAAUGUGCACAUUAAGUUAUUUUAUGAAAAUAUGCUAGGCAGCAUUUUACUGUUGAAAGAUGAUUCAGAACUAUGAAAGUAGUUUUUUUUUUUUAUGUAAAAAGAUCUGUAGGAGGAAUAGAGAGUUUAGUAAUGCUUUAUUUUGUAUGGCAUAAACAAGCAUUUAAGUGAUAUG